AUGCAGAUGCAGAGGCUCAUGAGCAGGGGUGGCGGCGCGCUCCGGCAGCUGCGCACCGCCGGGGCCGCCCCGCAGCGCGCCCGCGGCCUCUCCGUCGCCGUCCGCGCCGUCGCCGUGGGCGACAAGCUCCCCGACGCCAAGUUCCGCUACUUUGACGCGGAGGGCAACAUGAAGGAGAUCACCACGGACCAGCUGUGCAAGGGCAAGAAGGUGGUGCUCUUCGCGGUGCCGGGUGCGUUCACGCCGACGUGCAGCAUGAAGCACCUGCCGGGGUUCAUCGAGAAGGCCGAGGAGAUCAAGGCCAAGGGCGUCUCCACCAUCGCUUGCGUGUCGGUCAACGACGCGUGA